AAAAAGAAAGGCAUGAGAAAGAGAAAGAUGAACUGCAAUCUAUAAAUUCCAAAUUUCAAAUCCGUUUGAUGGUAUAUGCAACUUAAGAUGAACUGUGUGAAUCCAAAAGGUUGUAUGAGUUUCCCAGGAAGUGAAAUUCUAGAGUGGUUUAGCUUUCAAAAUGCUAAUUAUUAUAUAAAACUACCACCGGGCUCAUUCUAUUAUGAAUUUGCCGGUUUGGCUAUCUGCAGCGUUGUAGAAUUCCCAAAUUUGUUAGAUUUGGGCCAACCUUUCUUCGUUAACUGUGAGUUGCAUUUCGAAGAAAAUGAUGGUGUCUACAAGUCUUUUGUAAUUGGGUCUAUACAAGGUUAGUUUGAAGGAGAUAGAACUCUCUACAUCAAAUCAGAUCAUGUGUUCUUGGGAUAUGAUUGUGUUAUGUAUACUGGUGGAGAUUUUGUUUUAGGUCCGGAUCGAAAACAUUCUAGUGAUAAGGCCAUCAUCAAUUUCAAUGUUACCACUUAUGAUGAAAUAUCCAUAGAAGGUUGUAAGGUGAAAAAGUGUAGAGUUCGUUUAUUGUACCCUCAAGAUUUUGAGAACAAAUGGAAGAAUCCAAUAGAUCUUUCAUCUUUAAAGAGAAGGCUAAAACUCAAUGGAAAUGAUCGUUUUAAUGAUGAACCACCAUCCUUUGGCCUUUCUGUUGCACAUGAUUGGCAAUCUAGGAGUUCUGCUACUUCUCUGGACUUGAAUGAAAUGGUUGGAUUAACCGUGAUUGAUACAACUGAAUCACACCCUAAGAGAUUGAAAAUAUACGACUACAAAAACAAGUAUGAGGAUGAAAAAGAAGUGGAAGAGUUGAAUCCAAGUACAAGUCAACCCACUGGCUUUGCUCUUUUAGACUUGAAUGAGUUCGCUAUCGAUGAUGAUGAGGAUGAUGAUGACGACGGUGAUGACAACGACGACGAUGAUGAUGAUGAUGAUGAUGAUGAUGAUGAUGAACCGCAACCUAAAAGACUUAAAGAAUUCUAAUUCUUUUAAAGGUGCUUGUAUCCAAAGAUGCAUGUUGAAACAGCUAAGCGAAGCCAUGACUCCCAUGAUGAUGAGGAACCACUACAUGAAAGAUUUAAGAAACUCAAGCUCUCUUGACUUGCAAAUCAAGUCUUUCGCCCUUUGACUAUAUGGUUGCAGAUUUGAUUAUAAAACCAUUGGUUAUUGUUCAGUUCAAGCCUUUUGUCUUCGUUUAGCUCAAAGGAGAAUGACAAGCUCAUCAAGCCCUUAAGUCUUGUUUAGCUUGGUUUUUGUUGAAGAAUUCAAUGUAGAAUCAAUUCAGACUUUCAGUUUAUGCUCUUUUCCAGAUUGUGUUAGUGACAUUGAUGUCCUUUUCCAUUGGAAAUUUUUUAUUUGAACAGGGGGAGAAGCUUCUCCCAUGCCGUUUUGUACAAAAUAAGAAUGAGAAGAAAAGCUAAAAUCAAUGAAAUGAAUGAAGGAUACAAGGCAUGACCCCUUUCUAUUCUUUGAGUCCUCCCUUUCUCUCAAGCUCUACCUAUCUUGAUACG